AAUGAGUGAUGGAACGUAGUUGUUGAUAUCGAAGCAAUUUGGUGACCGUCAACUUGAAUUAGAGUAUUGGAAUGCGAAAUAUUUUAUAUUUUUGUACUUGGCUAGAGCAGAUGGCGCUUAUUCCCGAGGCACAAAUUCAAGACCCUUCGAGAACAAAGACAUAUCCAGUGUCCAAUCUCGUUGAAUCUAUAGUCACUGAACAAACUUAAUCUUAUAGGGAGCAUAAUAUCUCAUGAGAUUUAAUAGGAUAGUAAGUAAUUUACGUGCGAAGUUUUUGACGUAUGUGUCACAAUAAAAGGUGUCAAGAAGUGCCAUAUUACAAAGAAUAAAUUUCAUUAAAUAAUCAAAAUGGGUAGCACCGAUAAAGCUGUGAUCACGGGAUUCAUAUGCAGACUUUGUAGUAAAAUGAACCGUUUUGUGAUUCACAUAUACGGCGAAGAGGGUGAGAGAAUGAAGCUGGCCGACAAAAUAAAUGCUUAUCUUCCAAUUAUGGUAAACAUGGAUGAUCCAUUACCUAAAACAGCAUGUCUGCAUUGCAUUGAACGACUAGAAGCACAUCAUGAACUAAUGGAACAAUUUAUGGUUGCCAAAAGUAAGGUUACUACCCAAAAUAAGUCAUCAACAGUAGCAUUAACACCUACAUAAGCUGUUGAUAAUAUAUCAACAUUUAGCCCAUCCUCAUAAUGAUAUAUAAAAUUGAAAGCAGAUUUUCUCGCUCAAUACUACUGAAUAUUUCUGUAUUUGGUCAUUUUAUUUUAGUAAUUUAUUACUAGAAGAACAGUAAAUUGUUGAAUGAAAAGAUACACACAAUGAUUCUUUUGACUUGGCAAUUUAAAAAAUUAUUUGCUUAAUUAGUUACCUUCGAGCCGUAGAGAAAAUGUCCAUCUUAUGGAAUUUAAAACAAUAUUUUUAAUGCAUAAAUAUUUUGUUUUCUAUAUCAAUUGUUACAGCCAAUUCACUACAGAUACAAUAAUACUUAUGAAAUAUAUAAAUAAUUGAAACUUUUUAUAUUUUAUAUUUUCAAAGAAUUAAAACAUUCAAUUUUUUUUCCUUAAAUGGCAAUGAGCAAUAAAAUUAGGUUUAUUUAUAUCAAUGAUAUUUCAGACAGAAACUUAUGGGUAUACCUCUAUUAUUAAAUUAUUUACAUUUAUAUUUUAUGUAUUCUUUAGAAGUUAUUUUUAAAUCUUUUUUUUUAUUGAUUAAUUGUAUUUCUGUUCCUUUAUCGCAUUCAUACUAAUAAUGUACAAAGACAAAUAGAUAAAUAUAUUCAAGUGAUUUCUUAAAAUAUUAAAUAAAAUUAUACGAAAUAAUUUAAUGUAGAAAUAAAAACAAAUAAGAUUUUAGUUAACAAAGUUUUUACUAAUAAUAUAUUGGAUCUAAGAUUGCCAAUAUUAUCGAAUAUUAAACUGUUCAUGUUCUGUUUACUAGAGAGUAUUUAAAUAUCAUAAUUUUUAAUAUGUAUGAUAAAAAGUAUGACAAAAAUAUUUACAAUAAUUAUAUUAUAUUUGCGUGUAUUAUUGUGCAAACUUUAAGAACAUUUUAAUGUUUAUUUUUAAGUUGCAAUAUAAUAAAUAAUUUAUAAAAAAAACUUUUAUGUAAAGCACCUUAAAUUAUGUUAUAUUGUUCAAAAAUGAAAACCGUGUUUAAAAAUUGUGCGAAGGGUAAAUGACAUUAUUAUAAUUUGUUAAGAUAAUAUUUAUUUCUUAACAAUAUUUGCUAACACAAUUAAAUGUUAUGUGGAACAAUAUUACUGGUUGGCGACACAAUCCACAUUGUGCUUACUAUAUGUAUUACCUCACAUGUAAUUCAUGAUUUACAGGGAGAAAAUUUGUUUUCAGAAGGCAAGGAUGCGUUCGUCACUCAAACAUUACAAUUACUGAUAUAUGUUAUUAAAGAUUUUAAUGUUAAUCGAGAAUUACUUUCAUUUCAUUUUGCUAAAUGUGUUAUGCUCAUCAUAAAAGGAACGACAAUAUAAGCUUUGCUGUAUCUGUGAUCAAAACAUGUAUAUAAUAAUUUUAAAAUUCAUUACUGAUAUCUAAUAGUAGUGUUCAAUUACAAACACUACUGCCUAAAUAUAAAAUGCAAAUAGAAGUAAAAUAGAAUAACUGACUUCUACGUGUAUUCUGUAUCUGCCUAAGAUAAUGUUAUAUUUAUUCACUAUUUUGUUUACCCUGUAAAUGAAUAAAAGUGAAUUAUUAUUAAAAAAAAAAGAAAAACAAUAAUACUAUUCUGAAAAGAUGUGUAAUUUAUAUACAACUAUUGAUGCAACGUAAGGAAUAUAUUACAAGAUGUGUAAUGUUAAAGUAAAGAUUUGUGCAAGAAAGUAUUAUCAGUGCUAACAAGAAUAAUCUAACAUAUAUUGUUCCCAUUAUCAAUUUUAAAAAUGAGAAUUAUUUAUCGAGAUGAAAUAUACACAUUUAUUACAAUUUUAUUGCAAUAUAAAUCGAAUAUGAUCCAAAUAAGUUUAUAAAAUUGAUGAGUGUCGACACACAUCCUCUCGACUUCUUAAAACAAAUACAUUAGCAUGUGCUACUGCAAGAUUUCUGAAACCAUUAUACAAUAAUACGUGUAGCUAUAUCUGUGUGCGAUAAAUAACUACUAAAACUUGACUUAUGAGAGUCCUUUAACACACACAAUGUAAAAUAUGUACAAAGAUUUGUGGAGUCUAACUCCUAAUUUUCUUUCAUCUUUCCCCCAAUCAGCGUGACUGUAAUCAUGUUGUCUGAUAACACAAAUCACAUCCACGACUGAUUAUUUUUUUUUUUAUAAAAAAUAUAUUAUAUUUAUCUAUAUAAAAUUUCAUUCUCUUUUUCAGCCAACAUCUCUUCAUACAAAUUUUAGUUCAAGGGUAAUUUGAUUUCGUUUCCUGCAACUUGUUUCUUAAGUUUAAACCAUUUUUUUUUAUUUUUAAUUUUCUUUUUGUAUUUAACGGGGUACUUCAACGCCCAAAUAGAAAUAUAAAUGCAUCUUUGACCAAUUACGAUAUAUGACGACGAACGUCUAAAACCUAUUUGAUGAUUAAAGCACAAUGGCAGCAAUUUUUUUCAGAUAUAAUGCAAAAGGCUGUAAAUUGAUGAAUCUUGUUGAGCUGCAUUCAUGACAAUUGCAUAUUUGAUUCUAUGCAUUUUGUCAAGAUAUUCAUUUCUCAAGUACGAACGUGUUUUUUAAUUAUAAUAAACUUUAAUCGUUUUACAUUUUAGAGCAACUAUAGUACGAUAUUUUAUUUAUGUAAAUUAUGUACAUGAAUUAAAGUAAUUCUUUUCUUUAGAA